GUCAAUAAGAGCGAUAGCGAAAGGAAAACCGAACCGUUUGUGCAGUUCUGCUGGUUUAAAACGCGCACUGAAAUCAGAAGUUCGUUCGUGUUUGCUUGUCUAGUCCGUCGUGACUAAAUGAAUGUUUGAUUUCAGCACCAGACCGAGGACAGCGCGCUAGCAUGUGUUUUUACUAUAGUAAAAUGGGGUAAACUACGGGGAUCAGCGCGGAAUGGCACUGCGGUGGAUCACUUUCAUCGCUUUACUGUGGGAGUUGCAGUGCUGCAUGUGCCGUGAGGUCACUAUUCCCUCAGGGCCGCUUUACCGGGUCGCAGGUUUCUCACUGUCCCUGCCCUGCUCCGUUUCGGGAUACGAAGGCCCGCAGACGCAGGAUUUCGAGUGGUACCUGUACCGGGACGAUGCUGGGGGUCAGCAGAUGGGAGUGGUGUCCACACGGGACACAGGCUUUCCGUACGCACCAUUCCAGAGUCGUGUGCAGGUCGGCGAGGUUCGGGUCGAGAGGGAUUCAGGAGACAAAGCCAGACUGAUCAUCCAGAGGCUGCGUCCAGACGAUCAGGGCCGUUACGAGUGUUACACGCCCAGCACUGACACCCGCUUCCUAGGGAACUACAGCUCAUCAGUGGUGGUCAAAGUGAUUCCAGACACGCUGCUCAUAACACACUCUCGAAUUCUGAGCGGCCAACCCAUGAUCGAAGGCACAGAGCUUCAGCUGACGUGCGCCGCAGCCGUCCAAUCAGAUUAGCACACUCAUGUGUCCGUCACGUUCCACAUGCGCAGCAGCAAGGGGGCGGAGUCUCAGGGUCCCACCCUCAGCGAGAUCAUCUCCAUCGACCCCGAGCUGCGUGUGACGCCGGGCCACAGCGCCACCUACAGGAAGAGAUACGGAGACGGAGAGAUCGCUGUGGAGAAGCGCAGAGGGGGCGGAGUCCGGGAUCUGUACGUGCGGAAGAUGAGCGCUCUGGCACCCGAGGAUUCUGGGUCGUAUUUCUGCGAGGCUGCGCAGUGGAUCAGAGAUCCGGAUGGCAAAUGGGAACGCAUCGCACAGAGGACCAUGGAGCUCGGGAAUCUCACCGUUCAACCGCUUGCGGACACAUUGAGCGUGCGUUUGCUCCCGGAGGGUGAUGUCUCUCUGCGUCCCGGCGCUCCGCUCCGUCUCCGCUGUCAGGUGUCCGGCGUGGGCUCGGGGAAGGGCUCGGCGCUGCUGGUGCAGUGGAUGCGGCGCGGUUCGGAGGGGGGCGUGGAGCUGGAGGUGGUGCGUGUGGAUCCUGACGGUGUGGUGGUGUGGGGUGAUGAUCUCAGCAGGGCUGGAGGAAGGAGCUUGGAGAAGGAGGCUGACGGGAGCUUCUCUCUACACCUGUUCUCCGUUCACCCGUCUGACGCCGGACUCUACCGCUGCGCUGUGAGCGUCUACACCGGGAGGAAAACAUCAGCGCCGGACAGUCCAGCCACGAUCACACAGAGAUCAGACUGGGUCACUGUCAGCCUGAAGACUGAAGAGGUGCGUGUGUCUGCUAGCAUUGCUAUACAGCGGCGUCCGCUCCUGAAGCGCGGCAGCACCGUCACGCUGCUCUGUAACGUCUCUGUGGACUCCAGCCGAGAGGAUCAGGGACACUAUCAGUGUCGAGCGCAGGUUUGGGCGCAGGAUCCACGAGGAGGAUGGUACAGCACCGACGCUGAAGCCCAGUCUGUGAGCGUUCACCUGUACCUGUACACACGAGUCACUGAUCUGCUGCUCGUUCCUCUCGUCAUCGGCGUAUCGUCGGCUCUGUUCGUGGCCGUCCUGAUUAUAUCCGCUGUGAUCUGCUGCUUCAUGAAGAGACAGCGCUCACACAUAUGGAAGUAGGAAGAGACUUUCAUGGGAAAACAUUCAGUUAUAUACCAGAACAAUGGGUUUUAAACAGAUUUACGCAGAUGUAAUGUGCACUAACAAUUGGGAAGGAAAUCAGAACGAUAGUGAAAAUGUACAGGACCGUCACGUUAUAUUAAUCCAUAUGUGGAUGCUAACAGUUGCAUAUACACAAAUGCACAAUAAUUUUUCCUCAGACUGUGACAUUGCUCACUGUAUUUACACUGCUAUAAGAUGUGCUCGUAAUUCAGUGUAAGAUCAACAGAGUACCAUAUAUUUAUAAUAUUAUUACCAUUAUUUAUUAUUAUUAUUAUUUUCACUGUGUGCGUAAUAUUUUCUUGAAGAUCAAGCAAAUUUACAAUCCAAUCCAAAUUUCAUGUCU